AUGCUUUCCUAUGCUUCAGGAAUUAUUGGUGCUGUUCUACCAUGUUUCAUGUCCUGUGGACCGCAUGAUGCUACAGCGGAAAGACGAGUUUCACUAGAAACUGCUGUAUGCAUAAACGAAACCCUUUUGAAAGCUGUUAGGCAGUUCAAUUCACGUUCAGUGACUAAUGUGAAUACAAACAGUUCAUCAAUCUCUCAUAUGGAUUCACUAAAUUCAGGAAAUCAGUCGGAGAGUGUAGUCAAACUUUCACAGGAUAACAACUUAACUAAGCAACUUUCAGAAUCAGGUGCAGAACAAAAUGGAUCACAAAUUUUGUGUUCGGAAGCUAUAUUAGAAGUCACGUUCCAACUUCUCAAUAAUUCAAGCCUGUUAACUCGUUUAGCAGCACUUCGUUGGAUUACUGUGCUUGCAGAAGUAUGCUCCGCUGAAGUAUUUUCACAAAUUGAUCGUCUUCUGCCGGAAAUGCUCAAGUUAGUUUCCGAUCCUGCUGAUGAAAUGGUACAUUCAACGAUUUGGUUGAUUGGAAGACUGAGUUACCUUACAAUCAAUUCCGAUGGGGAUUAUUUAAGCAAACAGUCUAUUAUUAUGCCUGAAGAACUUUUGGAAUUACUGCACGAAUCAGAUUUUGUUAAUACACGAUCAAGUGAUCGAAUAGCCAGCAGUUCUGUAGGUGUGCCACAGUCGACUCCGAAUACAUUUUGUCUACAAUUUCUCUUGGAUCUAAUUCAUUUAUUCAACAAGGAUCCCGAGUUGUUACGAAAACGGGGAGAUAUGAUUAUCACUGAUCUUUGUCAGGUUCUUGGAGCUGAUAUCGUUUAUUGCACCAUUUCUACAAUUAUUUCUUAUAUUAAACCACUGGAUUCUGCAUUUGUACUAAUACAAGCAUUGAAUCGAAUUCUCCUAACACAACCAGUUUUAAAUGAUUUUCGUAAACAGCUGCGAAAAAUCAGUACGAAGACUCAAUGUCAGUUAUUUGAAAAACUUUACCGAGCCUGGUGUUAUAAUCCAGUUUCAUUAUUAUCACUUUGUUUGUUGUCGCAGAAUUAUAAACAUUGUAGCCGUUUGGUGAAAUCAUUUGGAGGUAUUGUUAUAACCGUUGAAAUGUUGUACGAUUUGGACCAGUUAAUUCAGAUGAUUGAAUCACCAAUAUUCACCAGUCUCCGGAUGCAUAUGCUUGAUAGACGUUUCAGCACUGAUCUUCGAGAAACCUUAUAUUGCUUACUCAUGUGUCUUCCACAAACGGAUGCAUUUCAGACACUUUGGAGACGUUUACAGUGUUUACCGCCCGUGGAAUGCAUUUCAGAAAGUUCAGCUCAUACUCCAGAACAUCAGUAUUCUACACAAAAUGCGGUUGGUAUACAUAUCAACUUUGAUGGAUUGUUUGAUCAUUUUCACCAAAUUCAAAAGCAAUCUGAGGAAUAUCGUUUAAGAAACAUGAUAAAUCGUUAUGGAGUAUCUCAAAAUCAUACUACUAAUUCAUCAUCUCAUGCUAAUCAUUCUAGUAGUAUUUGUCUUGAAAGUGACUGUAAUACGUCGCGGAUGAUUCACAAAGAAAAAUCUACGGACAACUCAAAUUUCUUCGAUAGUCCAACUAAAAUUUACUCUAAAACAGCAAAUACGCUAUGUUCUGCAAGUGAAUAUUUGACUGAGAGUUUCACGAGACUCGGUAUCAACACCGACUACUGGGUCCCUUCGAACAUUGCCGAAUGA